CUUUUAAUUAUUAAUUUUUAGAACCAUAGAAGAAUUAGGAUGAGAGAUUUAUUAGCUCAGUUUGAAGAAACAAAUGAUUAAAAAUAUAAGAACUGAGUGAGUUGACCAACUCCCUUAAGUGGGACCUUUUGAUGACGUGGCAUUUAUGGAGUGGUUCAUGCAUCAUGAAAGUGGGUACUAGAACAGUAGAACUGAACUCCAUAGCUUUCCUUCCUUCAAUAAAGAUAAAAGAUAUAAAAUAAAAUAAAAUCUUGUUGCUUUGGGAGUUUGGACUUUGGAGUUAGCCACCUAAUCAAUCGACUAUAGAGAGUAGAGACUAUAGUAAUGGUUCCGGUAACAAAAACUACCAUAAAUCAGAGAACCACAACACACAACACUGAGAUUUGCUUAAGCCUUAUAAAGAAUAUAUCCCCCAUGAUAUGAUAGAAGGAAAAGGGGGACAAGAAAGAACUAAGUCUAAAAAGCCAUUUUCCUUGUUACUUUCCCGAGAAACUAACACCAUGCUCAAGUUUACACAGUUGUCUCUUUCUCUGCUUUCUCAAGAGAAAAUUAGCGAAAAAACCCAUUUGAGAUUUGAAUCCAUUUGAUAAGUUUGAAUCAAAAUAUUCAUUCUUUCAUCAAAUAUUUUUCUCGGAAGAGAAAAUAAGAAGAAAAAUGCGUGGUCUUAAGCUUAUAGACCGAUUCAAGAGUGCCCAAGUUCACGCCUUUAAUCCCACUGACACCUCCGGCGGGAAAACCCCACGUGGUGGCACUGUGAGAGCUAAGCUUGAAGCUCAGAUAAUCAAAUCUUUUGUCUCAAACUCAAAGCCCAACAAGGCACACAACUCUGUUUCAGUCUCUGAAGCUCUUCUUCCUUAUGGACUCCCUGCAACUGAGCUUCUCGAACCCUGUUUAGAGCCUUAUCUCAAGCCAGUUGACCUCAUCGGCUCAUUAGCCGAACUCUACCGCCGAAUCGAAGGCUGCCCAUCUCCGUCUAAAAAGUCGUUGCUUCUCGUCGAGCAAUACUCGCUCAUGCGUGGCCUAGCCGAUCCCAAACUGCUUCGACGGUGCCUACGCGCGGCGCGUCAACAAGCCGAGGAUGUCCACUCGAAGGUUGUUCUCUCGGCUUGGCUAAGGUUCGAGAGGAGAGAGGAUGAGCUCGUGGGUGUUUCGCCCAUGGACUGUGGUGGGCACGUUCUUGAGUGUCCAAAGGCUGCUUUGGUAAAGGGGUAUGAUCCGAACUCGACUUUUAAAGACUGCCAUUGUUGUUGUGGUCCUUCUGAGGUAAUUAAUGAGUCAAUAUUAGAGAAAAAUGAGUGUUUUGAGGAGGAAAAUGAUGUUUCAUUUUACAUUGGCGAAGAAGAGAUUAAAUGUGUUCGUUGUAGAAUGGCGACACUUUCAACCCCAUUUAAAGCUAUGUUGUAUGGUAGUUUUAAGGAAUCUAGAAAGGAAAAUAUUGAUUUUUCUCAAAAUGGAAUAUCUGUAGAGGGAAUGAGAGCUGUGGAAGUGUAUAGUAGGACUAAAAGAUUGGAUUUUUUUAGUCCCAAAAUUCUAGUGGAACUACUUUCUUUUUCAAAUAGGUUCUGUUGUGAUGAGAUGAAGGCGGCUUGUGAUGCCCAGUUGGCUUCUCUUGUUGUCACCAUUGAUGAUGCAUUGAUUCUGAUUGAAUAUGGUUUGGAGGAGACUGCAAAUAUUCUUGUGGCUUCCUGCUUGCAGGUCUUGCUGAGAAGGCUCCCGAAUUCUCUAUGUAGACCGAAAGUGAUGAAAUUUCUUUGUUGCUCUAAGACUAGGGGGAGAUUAUCCAUGUUGGGCAGCGCUUCUUUCUUACUGUAUUGUUUUCUUAGUCAGGUAGCUAUGGAGGAAAGCAUGGUCUCUAAAAUGACAGUGAAGUUACUAAAGAGAUUAGGAGAGAGUGCAAAGGAGAAUUGGCAGAAGGCACUCGCAGCUCAUCAAUUGGGAUGUGUUUUGCUUGAAAGGCAGGAAUUUAACACAGCACAGCGUAGUUUCGAGGCUGCAGUUGAGGCUGGUCAUGUUUAUUCCAUGGCUGGCGUUGCCAGAGCUAAGAACAAGCUAGGACAACAGUAUUCAGCCUAUAAGUUAAUGUGUUAUGUCAUAUCGGAAUAUAAACCAGCUGGUUGGAUGUAUCAGGAACGUUCUCUGUAUAAUAUUGGAAAGGAAAAGGAGUUGGACUUGAGCACUGCCACUAAAAUGGAUCCAACUCUUUUGUUUCCGUACAAGUAUAGAGCUGUAGCAAAGAUGGAAGAGAAGCAAAUUCGAGCUGCAAUUUUGGAGAUUGACAAAAUAAUUGGAUUUAAGCUCUCCCCUGAUUGUCUUGAAUUGAGAGCUUGGUUCUUCAUUGCCCUUGAAGAUUACGGGAAUGCUAUAAGAGACAUUCGUGUAAUAUUAACUUUAGAACCCAAUUACAUGAUGUUUGGUGAGAAGGUUAGAGGAGAUUACAUGAUUGAGGUUCUCAGUCGUCUCGUUCAGAAAUGGAGUCAGGCUGAUUGCUGGAUGUGCCUAUAUGAAAAAUGGUCUUCUGUUGAUGACGUUGGUUCGUUGGCUAUCAUACAUCAGAUGCUAGAAAGUGACCCUGCAAAUAGUGUUCUGCAGUUUCGCCAAUCUCUACUUCUUUUACGGUUAAACUGUCAAAAAUCUGCAAUGCGUAGUUUGCGGUUGGCCAGAAAUCAUAGUAGUUCUGAGCAUGAAAGGCUGGUCUAUGAAGGAUGGAUUUUAUAUGACACUGGAAAUCGUGAAGAAUCUCUCUCUAGAGCGGAGAAGUCUCUCUCAAUCCAGAGAUCAUUUGAAGCCUUUUUCCUCAAAGCAUAUGUAUUGGCCGAUACAAGUUUGAAUCCUGAAUCAUCAUCUUCUGUCAUUCAGUUACUGGAGGAAGCUCUCAGAUGUCCUUCAGAUGGUCUUAGGAAAGGACAGGCACUUAACAAUCUAGGCAGCAUUUAUGUGGAUUGUGGUAAUCUCGAUCAGGCUGCGGGCUGCUACAAGAAUGCCCUUGACAUCAAGCAUACAAGAGCUCAUCAAGGGUUAGCACGAGUUUACCAUUUAAGAAAUCAACGAAAAGCAGCAUAUGAUGAGAUGACAAAGCUUGUAGAAAAGGCGCAAAACAAUGCAUCCGCUUAUGAGAAACGCUCUGAAUACUGUGAUGAUCGUGAAAUGGCAAAGCAAGACCUCGAUACAGCAACAGAAUUGGAUCCACUGAGAACAUAUCCUUACAGAUACAGGGCAGCUGUGUCUAUGGAUGACCAAAAAGAGAAUGAAGCAGUGGAGGAGCUUACAAAGGCCUUGAAUUUCAGACCUGACUUGCAAAUGCUUCAUCUUCGAGCUGCAUUUUACGAUUCAAUAGGGAACACAACAUCUGCACUUCGUGAUUGUCAAGCAGCUCUUUGCUUGGACCCGAACCACACCGACACUCUUGAUCUCUAUAAUCGAGCACACAAUUCAGUGAUUCAAAAUUGAGUUCUAAUUCAUUCCAUCCAACAAUUGAAUUACAAUUCAAUUUGGUAAAAGAACACAGUCCUGUGGAUCUUUUUAUUUAUUUUGAGGUUACACAAACCAUUUCUGAGAAAUAAAGAUCAGCACUAGCAACAGCUGUGUUCUAGCUUUUCGGGCAACAAGGAAGGAAUGCACCGAGGGAAAACGAGAAGGAAAGUGGUGGUAUGAGAAAAUUCCAUUGUUGGUUACAAUAGUAAGGGAUCAAAAGAAGCGUUCUUUUUAUACAAGAGCUUAGGUUGAAGAUAGGAUUUUGUGUUGUAACUUAAAACCACACCACAUUUAGAAUCUGUACAGCAUUACUUUUUCGCGCCUUGUUUAAAGAACGAGUUCAGAUUCAGAUCCUUUUGUACAUGAACUACAGUACACCUAUGUUAUAAAAGAUGAACUAUUUUUUACCA